GAUCCCCACAGAAGCUCCUGCUCCUCCGUAGUCCACGUCGAUCCUCCAGACCGAGGAAGAGAUCUGUGGAAUCCUGGAGCCAGUGGAGCACACAGCAGCAGCUCUGCUCAACCUCAGCGCCAACAUGUUGUACCUGGAGACCGGGCCCAGCACCACGUCCUACAGCGAGUCCCAGUACACCAACCUGGGUCUCCUGAACAGCAUGGACCAGAGCAUCCAGAACGGGUCCACGUCCACGAGUCCGUACACCAGCGAUCACGCUCAGAGCGCCGCGGCGUCCGCGUCUCCGUACGCUCAGCCGAGCUCCACCUUCGACGCGCUGUCGCCUUCGCCGGCCAUCCCGUCCAACACCGACUACGCCGGGUCGCACGCCUUCGACGUGUCCUUCCAGCAGUCCAGCACGGCCAAGUCCGCCACGUGGACGUACUCCACAGACCUGAAGAAGCUGUACUGCCAGAUCGCCAAGACGUGUCCGAUCCAGAUCAAGGUCCUGACCAACCCGCCGCAGGGCGCCGUGAUCCGGGCUAUGCCGGUCUACAAGAAGGCGGAGCACGUGACCGAGGUGGUGAAGCGCUGCCCGAACCACGAGCUGAGCCGCGAGUUCAACGACGGUCAGAUUGCUCCUCCCAGUCACCUGAUCCGCGUGGAGGGCAACAACCACGCCCAGUAUGUGGAGGACUCCAUCACUGGGAGACAGAGCGUCCUGGUUCCCUAUGAGCCUCCUCAGGUCGGGACAGAGUUCACCACCAUCUUGUACAACUUCAUGUGCAACUCCAGCUGUGUGGGAGGAAUGAACCGCCGCCCCAUCCUCAUCAUCGUCACCCUGGAGACCAGAGAUGGACAGGUUCUGGGGAGGCGCUGCUUUGAGGCCAGGAUCUGUGCGUGUCCGGGUCGAGACCGGAAGGCGGACGAGGACAGCAUCCGCAAGCAGCACGUGACGGACGGCUCCAAGGGCAGCGACGCGUUCCGCCAGGUGUCUCACGGCAUCCAGAUGUCCACCAUCAAGAAGAGACGGUCCACAGACGAGGAGGUCUUUUGUCUGCCAAUCAAAGGACGGGAGAUCUAUGAGAUCCUGGUGAAGAUCAAGGAGUCUCUGGAGCUCAUGCAGUUCCUGCCUCAGCACACCAUCGAGUCGUACCGGCAGCAGCAGCAGAACCUCCUCCAGAAACAGACCUCCAUGCAGCCCCAGCCCCCCUAUGGCUCCUGCUCUCCUCCUCAUGGGAAGGUGAACAAGCUCCCGUCGGUGAGCCAGCUGAUCAACCCCCAGCAGAGGAACUCCCUGACUCCCUCCAGCAUGAGCGGUCUGACUGACAUGACUCCCAUGAUGGGCUCUCACAUGCCCAUGAACGACAUGAGCUCCCUGAGCCCCACUCACGCCCUGCAGCCCCAGCUGCCCCUGGUGCCCUCCUCCCACUGCACCCCCCCUCCUCCAUACCCCAUGGACAGCAGCAUCUCCAGCUUCCUUAUACGGUUGGGCUGCGCAGGCUGCCUGGACUACUUCACAGCACAGGGCCUAACCAACAUCUACCAGAUCGAGAACUAUAACAUGGAGGACCUGUCCAGGAUGAAGAUCCCCGCCGAGUUCCAGCACGUGAUCUGGAAGGGCAUCAUGGAGCACCGGCAGGCCAUGGACUUUUCCCCCCCUCCCCACAUAGUGCGCACCACCAGCGGGGCCUCCAGCCUCAGCUUGGGCCCCUCGGAGGCGCGCGGCGAGCGCGUCAUCGACGCCGUGCGCUUCACGCUGCGCCAGACCAUCUCCUUCCCACCGCGCGACGAGUGGUCCGACUUCUCCUUCGACCUGGACUCCCGCCGCAACAAGCAGCAGCGCAUCAAGGAGGAGGGGGAGUGACAGGCCCCGCCCCCUGCCCUGGCCCCGCCCCCUCACCCCCCCAUCUCAUUUCAGCCUGCUGUCGGAACAUUUCCUCCCUGGUGUUAGUGCAGAUAUGCUGAGGAGUGCACUUAUUUCACUCUUUGUCCUCGCACACCUCCGGUCUGGUUCUGGGUCUUGGUCUGGUUCAUGUUCUAGGUCUGGUUCUGGGUCUUGGUCUGGUUCAUGUUCUAGGUCUGGUUCUGGGUCUUGGUCUGGUUCAUGUUCUAGGUCUGGUUCUGGGUCUUGGUCUGGUUCAUGUUCUAGGUCUGGUUCUGGGUCUUGGUCUGGUUCAUGUUCUAGGUCUGGUUCUGGGUCUUGGUCUGGUUCAUGUUCUAGGUCUGGUUCUGGGUCUUGGUCUGGUUCAUGUUCUAGGUCUGGUUCUGGGUCUUGGUCUGGUUCAUGUUCUAGGUCUGGUUCUGGGUCUGGUUCUGGUUCUGGUUCCUUGAGAGCUUCAGAAGCCAACGAGAUGUUUUUAUUAACGAUUCAUUCCCAUGACUGGAGGGCUGUUUAUCUUUUUAUUGUUGUUGUUGUUGUUGUUGUUGUUGGGGCUUAUAUCUCUGCUCUGGGCCACUUUAAAGGUGACACACUGGUUUUAAAAGUCAGCAUUGAUUGUAAACAUUUCAACCGUUUCCUGUCUCAAGUAUUACGUGUUUUCUGCUGGAGCUUCAAUAUUUAGCUUUUUGUUUGUUUGAGACCGAAGACUCAGACUGAGGUCUGUGAGACACAUUAUAUAUUCAUAAAUAAAUAUAUAUAUAUAUAUAUAUGUAUUCAUAAAUA